GUCAGGCCACACUCCGCUCUUUCUCUGACUGCAUACAAUGUCUUAAUAGGAAACUUGCUCUCCUCGCGAUCUUUCUUUUCACCAGCCGUGGUUUAACUACAUUUUGUAUAGUGUUAAUUAAAUACCCAUCAAAAUAGAAAUCGUCCAAACAAAUCAGAAUGGACUCAAAGUACUUCCGCUAUUUCGUGUUAUUAUUGGGAUACUUCUCCUGCGUAAACUUUACUGUCACCGGGACCCACCAGACUUACCACAGCAUUCUUAGGAGGAUCAACCCAUUCCAAAGAAUGUGCCUCUGUAACCGGUGGACGCGGAGACUCCAAUUAGACCGAAUGAUUCUAGAAUUGUACCCUGGACUGUUCAAUACACAGAAGAGUCUCCGCUUUAUGCCCGUGGUCAAGCCCGUGGGUGAAGGGUCACAUGUACAUGGCACGGGUUCCUAUGUAGGAAAUACUGUCGGAAAUCUAAACGGGAAACCGGAAACACAGUCCUGUUGUGGAACAAAUUAUGCAUAUGAGAUACUCAACAAAACCAAGGAGAGUGGACGAGAGCUUAGGGUGGUUCACUUUGAUCAUCAAUACCAGUUUGUGCCCGUCGGCCGCUGCGAAUCUACCACGCCCGGGCAGUGUGGUCGAGGAUCGUGUUUACAAAUGUACAGACAUUAUUGGAUGCUAGUGUGGGAUGACGACUUGUCUCAUUUCCCGCCAGUCAAAUUCAUCCCCGUGGAAAUUCCAUCCCACUGCGAGUGUGUAAAUGUAGGAAAAGGACAGAAAACAUAGAGCCGCAAAUAAAUGACACAUUGCUAACAACCCAGCUUUCAACAUGACCAAUGGUCAUGUGUUCGAAGACAACAGACUGUCCAAUAGUGUGACUAUGUUAGCAAAAUUCUGACCAAUAGUGUGCUAGUAUUUGUCAUCAUUGACAACGUACUAGAAGACAGCGGGACAGGCUUCACUGCAAUAAACCCACGAAAUGUGAUUACUCUGCACUUUAACUCUUCCGAGAUAACAAGAGUCUACCGUUCAUAUUUUGACCUUUACUUUUUUGUUGUGGUGAACUUCCUGGCGCAUGUCAAUUCACUUGAACAUUUCCGUCGGCUGCUAACCAUGAAUGGUAGUUUUUUUUAAUGAUUUUAUAAGGAGAGUUGCGUUCUUAGGCUGUAUUUGUGAUCAGAAAUUACGACAUGACGUUUUCUCUAUACAAGUCUGUGCCUGAAAAAUGAAUCUGAAUAAUUUAGUAUUUUUCCCCCAGUGACAAUAAUUUAUUUUGUUGGGCGUUUAUCAUCAAUGUCUUUAUCUACGAAGUUUUGUCGAUUCAUUCCUUGUCGAUAAAUCUGGCCAUGUUGUCAUUUAACAGGAGUUUGGCGUGUCGACAAAAUAAUUACACAUUCAAAUCACUCUGCCAUCAACAAUUUCGUUUGAUGAAUAGCAAAUGUAAGAUAAGUUUCAUUGCAUCAAUGUGCGUAUUUCUUUCUUUCUUCUUAUUUUUUUUUUUGAGUUUAAUGUUAAUAUAUAUACAUGUACUAAUUCUACACCUGAUGUAUGUAAUGAUAUGUUUCUUUUUUGCGCUGGGUGCUUAAGCACCAUUUUUUAUGCUUAUAAUGCUAUUUACUUAGUUUAUUAUAUAUGAUAAACUUGUGAUGUUCAAAUUUAUAUGAAAAACAUGUUACUCUACGAUGAAAAAACACAAUAAAAUGCUAAAUAAAUGGUUGAACAUAAAAUAGCACGCCUAGUCAUUUGUAAAAGAAAUAAAGAAUGCAUCAAUAUCCGUUUUAGUUGCAGCAUGUAAGUCAAGCAAUUUGUUUUUGAUAAGCAGAAAUAUAAAACUGAAAAUUGGCCAUUCA